UUCACAUAUCUGUGUUACUGUGAACAAAAGAAAGUUUUCAAUUAUUCAUACCUUUUUUCCUUUUUGUAUCCUCACACCUAAAUAAAGAUUCCAACUUUAAAGUCUGUCACUUGAUACCCAAAUCCGAAAAAGAACCGAAACGUUUCUAUGAGAUGAGAACAUCCCAUUUGCUAAAACUGAUACUUGCAGUAUCUCUACCAACAACAUUCUUAAUCACAGUAGCCAUCAUCACCAUAUUCUUCAUCUUCUGCAGAAGAAGAACAGAAACAGAGAUCAGUGAAGCUCAACGCGACGUAGAAUCUCCUUACGAGAAACAAGAUUUUUCUGACGUUGGAUCGGAAACAGAGGAGGAGCUUUUCAUCUUCCACGGUGGAGAAGAUCUCACGAUCUGCGACAUCCUCGAUGCUCCAGGAGAAGUCAUUGGGAAAUCAAGCUAUGGAACAUUGUACAAGGCGACUUUGCAGAGAAGUGGGAAAGUGAGGGUUCUUAGGUUCCUUCGACCUUUGUGUGCAGUGAGAUCGGACUCAAAGGAGUUUAAUGGCGUCGUCGAGUUGCUAGGAUUCGUCCGACAUGAUAAUUUGGUUCCUCUGUUAGGAUUCUAUGUUGGUGAUAGACGAGAGAAACUUAUGAUUCAUCCUCUCUUCGGUUCCGGGAAUCUUUCUGAGUUCAUCAAAUUUUUGGCAGGUGGAGAUGUUGACGCACACAAAUGGAGCAACAUUUUGAGCAUCACCAUUGGAAUAGCCAGAGGACUUGAUCAUCUCCACACUGGAAUGAUUGUUCACGGGAAUCUUAAGUCAAAAAACGUUCUCUUGGAACAGGGUUUUAAGCCUAGAGUCUCCGAUUUCGGCUUGCAUUUGCUCUUGAACCCCGCCGCUGGGCAAGAGAUUUUAGAGGCUUCAGCUGCAGAGGGGUACAAAGCGCCUGAGUUGAUUAAGAUGAAGGAAGUAAGCAAGGAGAGUGAUGUGUACAGUUUCGGUGUGAUCAUGCUUGAGUUAGUCUCUGGUAAAGAGUCGAUAAACAAGAAUCCAACGGGGACUGUUCUUGAUCAUAAUAGUUUGUCAAAUUUAUACCGUCCUGAGAUUCUUAGAAGAUGCGUGAAAGAUGGAAAUGGCGUGACCGAAGUAUGUGUUCUCGAGUACUUUCAGCUUGCAAUGUCUUGUUGCUCUCUAUCGCCUUCUCUUAGGCCGAGCUUCAAGCAAGUAUUGAGGAAACUUGAAGAGAUCAGGAAAUGCUAGUUUCUGGAACAGACCUGGCAAGAGAAAUUUUGAAUCUUCCAAGUUGUCAAAUACUUUUUUUGCAAGAUCGAUUAACAGCAUAGAGCGGAGUCUACAGUGGAGAGUUCAUAGGGAUGGCCGGAUGGUACAAUAUAUAUAACAAAUCCUAUCUUGUGGAUAACAAUUUCUAUAUAUAACAAAGAAGUAGUUAGCCUGAUUAUCAACAGAAGUAGCUGAAGAUGGAUCGAAUUUUUGCUUAGGCAGGAGAAUACCUGAGAGAAUAGCCAACAAGAGCUGGAAGAACAUCAUAGAACAUCAUCUUCUUGAAUGUUUAUUGUCCAUAAAAUUGUAUCUUGUAGCCUGCCUCGGUCUGUGCAGCAGGAUAUAUGAUGCUUGAGUUAGUAUACCUGAGAUCUCCAAGGAGAUCUUUGCGGUUUUAUGCAAGUAUCAUGAACUACUCGUGUGGUGUAUGUUAUAACCAUAUAUUCAACACGUUUUACCCUGUA